AUGCUGCCCAUCCAGUCGAUCGAGGCGCCGCCGCCUCCGGGCAACACGACUGCCGAAGAGAAUCCCAAUCCUGUGAGUGUGAGCACGAAUGGGGGGGAGGCACGGCAGCAGAAACCCAAGGCGCUGCCAUGCAAGUACUGCAGCAAGAAAUUCAGGCGUGUGGAGCACGUCCAGCGUCAUGAGCGGACUCAUACCAAGGAGAAGCCCUUUGCCUGUCAAUGGCCACGCUGUGGGAAGACGUUCGGAAGACGGGACCUCCUCGUCCGCCACGAAAAGCUCGUCCAUCUCAACGAAGGCAACAACAAGGAUGGCUCCAAACAACGCAAGCCCUCGACCGCCGGGCUUAUGCCGGGCCCGGUCGAGAGCAGGCCUGACACCGAGAUGAUGAGCGUCCAGCAUCAACCCCAACCGCAGCCGCAGCCGCAGCCGCAGCAUCACCAGCUGCCCCCUCAGCACCAGCUACGUCCGCCCAUGCAUCACCAGCAGUAUCGGCCGGAAGUCAUGCAGCCCCUGCCGUCAGCUCCUCGACAGCCGGCUUGUAAUUUGGACUUGCUCUCUGAUGCUGCGACUCAUCUCGCGUCAGCUGGUGAGCUCCACAACAUGCAGUCGACCAUGAUGCAAGGCUUGACUGGGCCGGCCACUGACUUCGCUCCCGUGAAAGCCUACCACCAGGAGAGCCUGGGCUAUGGAAGUGAGCGGCCGCGUGAGCAGGAUCCGGGCGUCAUGGCCCCGAGCUAUGCCCAGCACCCGCCUCCUCCACCAAUGGAUGAUUAUAACCUGUUCUUGGACGACUAUGCGACGUCCUCGCAUUUCUUGCCUCCGUCCCUCGAGGCUGACCAGGGGUUCGGCAUGUGGUCUCGGCCUGGAGCCGGGGAUCUUGGCAGGGGGUUGUCCAAACCAGGCUCGGCGUUCCCUUCGCGCUUCCCCUCGCUGCAGCCGGAUUCUAAGGACGCAAACGACUCGGGGAUUAGGCACGAAGACGGAACGCGUGGCCCGAUCUGGCGGGUAUCAUCAAUGGACCAUGCCGUCAUCAAGAGUCGGCUGGACGAGUUUGCCUCGGUGCUGCCGCACGACUUUGUUUUCCCCUCGCGGCAUACCCUGAGCAGGUUCCUGGAGGGCUAUGUGAGCGGCUUCCACGACCAUCUGCCCUUCCUGCACUUACCGACGUUGGUGCCGACGGAGCUGUCCUCUGAGCUAUUGCUGGCUAUCUUGGCGGUCGGUGCUCAGUACCGGUUUGAGACGAACCGUAGCCAUGCCCUGUGGUAUGCGGCUAAGGCCGUGGCGCUCGAGCAGAUUAGGCGGAGGAAUAGCCAUGAGGUGCAUGCCAUCCUCCCGACGCCGGCUGCUUACAGCCCAUAUUCCACGCGGCCUUCGCCGAGUGCUGGGUUCAGGCACUCGUUCCCUUCGAUGCAUCAUGAUCGGUCGAUGGCGCAGGAUCAUCGGGAGCCUUAUUCUCCGAAUACACCGCAAGCCCGGCUUGAAACCAUCCAGGCCCUUCUGCUCCUCUUUGCCAUAGGUUUGUGGGGAGCGAAGGCCAUCCUUCACGAAGCCCUGUCUCUCCAAAGCCUGUUGGCUCUUUUAGUCCGCGAAGAAGGCCUCACAGCCGACCAGCAUCACCAAACCACCGACUGGGAGACAUGGGUCCGUCUUGAGUCUGGCACGCGCACCAAGCUCGUCGCCUACUGCUUCUUCAACCUCUGUAGCAUCGCUUACAACACGCCGCCCUUACUCCUUACCUCCGAAAUUCAUCUCAACCUCCCCUGCCCCUCUCGUCUCUGGAAGGCUGAAAGUGCCUGGCAGUGGCAGGAAGCGCGCCAGUCAUGCUCCGAUAAUCUUGAGGUGCCCUUCCAGGAAGCCUUUACUCGGUUGUUAACCCGGCCAUCGCAAGGCCCGCCUGCUCCCCCUUCAAGUCUUGGGAAUUACGUCCUGGUCCACGCGCUGAUUCAGCAUAUCUUUUUGCUCAAGCAGACGUCACUUACUAGUCUGGCGCCAUUUGAAACCCACCGUGGCCUGAAGGUCGAGGAUGUGGAAAGUAUUAACCAGGCGCUUCACGCCUGGAGUCUGGGGUUCGAGCAGCACCGGCAAGCGAGGGCCAAUGAGGUCGCCUCUUCGCGGGGGGAUAAUAACUCAGCAGAGUAUACCGAGGGCCCCGUGGCAUUCAAUUCGACGGCGUUGUUACGACUCGCGUAUAUCAGGCUGCAUACGGAUUUGAGUACCAGUCGCAGCCUGGAGACGCGCGACCAUGUGCUUAUUGCGCAGGCGUUUAAUGAUGCGCCGUUGUUGGUGCGGAGCAGUAGGCUGUGUAGGGCGGUUGUGCAGGCCAUUCACGCGCUGUCGAUGUUGGUUAAGUUGGGGGUGAACUAUGUGGCCAAGACGAAGAGUUUGGAGUGGAGCAUGCAGCAUUCUUUAUGCAACCUUGAAUGCGCGGUCCUCCUCUCUAAGUGGCUGCUCACCCUCGCGGCCGUCGGCCCUGCCGACCAGCCGCCUACCGCCGAGGAAAAGAGCCUCCUCGAAAUGGUCCGCCGCAUGCUUGAUGAGACUGAGUUCGCCGUCCCGAUCGAUCCUACGCUCAACAAUGCCAAUCAUGCCCCGCAGAACCAGGGUCACCAUCACCAGCAGUCGACGGCCUCUUCCUCCUCGACCUCGACUUCGUCGUCUGGGUCAUCUAAUUCGUCGUCUUCGACGAACAAAAAUACCGCCAACACACCCGCCACAUCUGGAACUGCGAAUGUCAAUGCUACGACCGAUCCCAUCAAGCUGAGACAGUUAGCCUGUGCGGUGAUUCGCCUCUGGGCAGAGACUUUCAAGGGAGAUCAUAUCUUUGAGAUUAUAAGGAUUAUUGCUGCCGGGUUGGAGGGAUAUGCGGAUCUGAUGGAGAAAGGGGUUAGGGAGAGAGAGCAGCAGCAGCAACAGCAGCAUAGGGGCGCUGGAGCAAGUUUGGGAGCUAGGGAGAGGACGCCUUUGGGGGGAGGGGCGGGAGUUGGGAGGUGGGGGGCUUAA